UAUUUUUAUAACUAAUUGAUGUAUAGUUGGUUGCCUACCGCCACAAUUUAGUAUAAAAACACCAAAGCUCGCAAUAACCACACAGUAACAUUAUUUGGCACAAAACGGGAAACGAUGGGAGUACAAGGGCUGUGGAGGCUCAUCGAGCCCUCUGGGAAGCCCGUGCCCUUAGAAACCCUACAGAACAAAGUGCUAGCAAUCGAUGUUUCGAUUUGGUUGCACCAGCUUGUGAAGGGGUUCCAGGAUAGCAAGGGGGCGGCGCUCCCGAACGCCCAUCUGCUGGGAAUUUACCAUAGGGUGUGCAAGCUACUGUAUUUUCGAAUCAAGCCGGUGUUUGUCUUCGAUGGGGGCGUUCCGGUCCUUAAGAAAAACACGAUUGCCCUCCGCAACCAGCAAAAGCAGAAAACCCUCUCCGAAGCCGACCGCAUCCACAAGAACCUCCUCGCCGCCCUCAUCAAGCACACCGCCAUCAGCAAAGUCCUCUCCGAGCAAGCCAAAGCGGCGAUCGCCUCCUCCACCUCCCCCACAAAAAAAUCCAAAACCGACGAUGACAACUUGUACGUCCUGCCCGAGCUCGACUCCACGGUGUCGUCGAGCGACGACUCCGACACCGAACGACACACCUCCAGACACUUCGAUCUGCACUCUAUUGACACCCAGAGCGCGGAGUUCAAAGCCUUGCCCCUGGAAAUGCGCCACGAAAUCCUCUCCGAUUUGAAGGAAACCCGAAAACAGUCGUCGUGGGGCCGAAUCCACGAACUGCCGACGGAGAGCAACGACUUCUCGGGGUAUCAGAUGAGGAGGUUGUUGAAGCGGCAGUCGGUGCAGACGGCGCUGGAGGAGAUCGAGAAGGAGAUGGGGGGGCAUUCGUUGUCUUUAGGGGAGUUGGAGAAGUUGCUGAAGGAUCAAGGGGUGAUUACGAGUAUGAAGGGGAAUCGGAUCGCGUCGGACGAGAACACCAGGUUUCUUUUGAUUAAGGAUAUCAAGCAGGCGCUGGAGGAGGCGAAGAAGCAGAGUUUGGAGACGAUUGAAGAAGAGGAGGAGGGAAAAGGAGGGGAGAAGGUGGAAAAUAAGGGGGAUAAGGAGUUUGAGGAUGAUUUGCAGAGGGCGAUUGAGUUGAGUUUGGAGGAGGUGCCGUCGACGUCGAAAGAUGUGAAGGUGAAGAAAGUGGGAGAGAAGGGGAAGAAUAGGAUGUCCUUGUCGUUUCUGGCGGAUUUUGAAGAUGCAGAUUUUGGGGAUUCGGAGUCCAGUGAAGAAGAGGAGGUUCGGAUGAGGUUGACUCCAGCGCAGAGGUAUAUGAUGGAGUACAGCGGGCUGACGGCACACGCUAUUGCCAAAAUAAUAGAGAGUAAUAGCAGAAUUGGGAGGAAGAACGGAGAGGAGAAGACUAGUGUAGAAGCAGCUGAAAGCAGCAAAGGGAGAAGUACUCCGGUGGUUGAAAGUACGACCACGCUGGAUGAAGAGAGUGAAGAAGAUAAAAAUGAAGCUUCGACGGCAGUCGUUGAAGAUUUUGAAGAUCAAGAUGAAAAUCAAGUUACGACGUCGACUGCAACGGAAGAACCAGUUGAAUCAACAACUGAAAAGGUUGCAGAAGUGGAAUUGAUGUCUGAGUCAGAGGAUGAUGAUUUCGUAGAUGUAGAUAAUAAAGAAAAUGCAAACACAAUGGAAGUGGUCAUCAAACCUGACGAAGAAAUAGAAGAUGAUCUUUUCAAAGACGUAUUCGAGGAAGAACAGAGUGAAGCAAACGUCUCAAGUACGCAAGACAAAGUAAUAGAACAGAUCAUAUCACUUGAUGAUGAUGAAGAAGAAAAAAAGGAAGAUCGAGAGGCGUUACCGGAAAAAGAGGAACAAACGAAAUCUACGAGUCAGACCAUGAUGGACAAGAUUGAGAAAAUGAUUGAAACCUACUCGAAACCCAGAGAGCAAAAAGAAGCAAAAGAGAAAGAACCAGAAAAAGAAGAAUCUCCGAAAGUGUCUGUGGAACAAUUACGGGAAAUGAAGGAGAAUCUCACCAAGGAGCAAAACGAACUGAUUGCCCAGAGGUCCACCAAGGAGCGACUUGCUGGAAAUAUCACAGACCAGAUGUGCCAAGAAGCCCAGGAACUCCUGGAACUUUUCGGCGUGCCCUACUUAGUAGCCCCCAUGGAAGCCGAAGCUCAAUGCGCUUUCCUCGACUUGAUCGAGCUAACAGAUGGCACCAUCACCGACGACAGCGACAUCUGGCUCUUCGGAGGAAGAACCGUCUACAAGAACUUCUUCGACCAAAACAAAGUCGUGAUGGAAUUCAAAGUGGACAGCAUCCAGCGCCACUACAAACUCAGUCGUGAGCAGAUGAUCCUUCUAGCGAUGCUGGUGGGUAGCGACUACACGACAGGUUUGACGGGUGUAGGUCCUGUGACGGCCCUGGAGAUCCUGGCGGCUUUCCCCCCCAAAAAUCACCUGGUUUCGGGUUUGGCCGAGUUCAAGUCUUGGGUCAAAAAAGGGAAACUGCCGGGACCUGGACGAACUUCGCUUCGUGGAAAAUUGAAGAACGUGUCCGUGUCUGAUAAUUUUCCGAACCCGCAGAUCGUGCAAGCGUACUUGGAACCCACGGUGGAGACGAGUAGGGAGAAGUUUUCUUGGGGUAAACCCGAUAUUCCGGGAUUGGUGGAUUUUGCGAAGCAGAAGUUCGGCUGGACGAAGAUAAAGAGUGAAGAGAUUCUGGCGCCGAUUUUGAGGCGUUUGGAAGAUAAUCGAGUCCAGAAAUCGAUAACUGAGUAUUUUAAGUACGAGGUGAAGGCUAGUGAGUCGGGGGUAGCAGAGAAGUUGAUGAGUAAGAGAGUGAAGACUGCAAUUAAUAGGAUAGCGAAAGGGCCGGACUUUGAAGAAGAGAAAGAAGAAAAGAAACGGGUUACUAGGAAGAAGAAAGGAGAGAGUAGUGAGGAACCGAAAACCAAAAGAAAGAAACAAGUUAAGAAGAAGGAACCAGAAGAUGAAGAUAUCAAAAUACUGAAAGAAACGGAAGAGCGAUCGCAGAAACGGGUCGAAGAAAUUCAAAAGGAAGUGUGUAAAGAAGUUGAAGGACAAAAAGAAAAGAAAAUCAAUUUGCAAAGGUUACUACAUAAAAAGGAAGUAAUUCCGCAGAGACAGAAAGACAAGUCUGAUAUAUUAAAAAAUAAAAUGAAGGCCAUAGAAGCGUUUCGUAAAUCCAAGCAAGGUCCAGGCUACGUCAAAAAACGGGGCAAAGUCCGUAAAGACCCCCAAAAAGAUGCUAGCUACUUAUCAGAAGGCAGCAGCAGUGAUUAAAAAUUGUUACCUCGUGUUUACAAUAAAAUUGUCUUUUGUA